ACCCACCCAAUCCCUCUUCUUCCCCUUCUUUCUUUCUCUUUCUUUCUUUCUUGCCCUGGGUCUCCACCAAGCUAGAUUUCGAUGGCUGCGACGAACCCAACCUGCUGGAUCUCGUCGGAACCCAACCUGCUGGAUCUCGUCAGAACCCAGCCUGGCUGGGUCUCCCUUGCUGGGUCUCCCUUGUUGGGUUCCGAUGAGACCCAGCCUGGGUUCCGACGAACCCUGCUGGGUCUCGUCUAACCCAGCCUUGCUGGGUUUACCCAAACCCAACUGCUGGGUUCAACGAGACCCAGCUGGGUUUCGAUGAACCCAGCUUUGCUGUUUCAAUGCUGGAUUCAUGUUUUUUCAUUUUUCUUUGGAUUUUCAUUUCCAAUUGUUAAUAAAUUUGAGAGUUGAUU